GUCACUUAACCAGAGGGCAGAUGAUUCACCGUAGCAGCGACGCCAUGUUAGCAGCAGAGAGCACAGAGCUUCCUGGACCUUCUUCUUCUUCUAAACCUCUCUUGCUUCGUCUUCAAGAAACCUUAACUUCCUGCUCCAGAUCAAUCGAAAGUGGAGACGAUGACCAAUCGAAAGUGACUGUUUCUAAUCUCGUCAACUUCCUCGAUUCUGUCUCUGACGCUGCCGUUUCCAAGCCAGAAAAUGAAGAUGCAAAGAAUAAUGCACUUGAAGUUCUCUCAGAGACUUACAGAUUCUUGUGUUCUCCUUCCCUGGAUCAGUCGGUUAUUGAUGCGCUUUCAUUUGAGUUGCCAAAGCCAGUUUCGAAGUUUUCAGUGGUGUCAAGUGAAUGUUCGGAGUUUGCUCGUAGCAUUAUUAAUCAAUUUAUUGAGACAUGUAGUCCUCGGGACAUGCUUUCAAUUCUCUGUGAGGCAUUAGCUUCUUUGAAUGAGACUUUCAAAUCUACUGCCUGUGUUUCUCCUCUUCUAAGUGGGCUUUCAAAAGUUAUUCUUUCCAUCAAGAGGCGUCACUUUGAGCAAGUAAAAGUUACAAUACCUGUUAUUAUCAUGGCUUUGAAGACCAUGUCGUUGGAGUCAGAUGGUGAUAUAACAGAGCUGGAGAAUUUGUUUGAGACAGCCAUAGGCAUAGCAGAUUCUAUACAUUCAGUUUCUGUAAAACUGGAGGGUAUAGCAAGUGAAAAGCUUCGUUCUCUACUUGGUCUAUAUAUUCUGGGUCUAUAUAUUCUGCAAGCCAAGGCUCUUGUUUCAGUUAGCACAACAUAUAAGUUAUCUAGCUGGCUUCCCAUGACAUCAAAGUUGGCAAGUUUUCUUCCAUAUUGCGGUUUGUCAUAUCUUGGUUUAAUAACUGGGUCUGAUGUUGAUCAGAUGACCAAGAUUGUUCUGGAAGAGGAUGAAGAUGAUUAUUUUAGUUAUUUAUCAAAUGUCAACCUUGGUGCAUCUCUUUCAGUGAUUUGGGGCCAAAUUUCUGAUGAGGUUUCUCAGGCUGCUAAGGAGGAUUUAAAUGUUGUCAAAGAUGAACUUCAAAAUAACCAGACAAAAAGAUGGCAGGCAAUUGGCAUGUUAAAGCACAUAUUCUCAUCAUGUGAUCUUCCAUGGGAAUUAAAGAGGCAUUCCAUUGACUUCUUGCUUUGCAUAACAAAUGGAAAUAACUCUAGAAAGUUAGAUGAUGGAGACUCCGAUUGCUCUUGUUACGUGACCAGUCUCUUUUCUGCUUUGCAGGCUUUGACGGUGGUUAUUGUAUAUGCCUCAGAUUCAGUGCUAAGAAGAAAUGCCUUUGACGCAAUUAAAAGGGUCCUGGCUGAUAUUCCAACUUCUCAGAGGUUUGACAUUUUAAAAGCUCUGAUUACAAAUUGUGACUCUUCAUCUAUGAUUGCAAUUCUUCUGGAUCUUGUCAGAGAGGAAAUGCGCUUUGAAAGGUCCCGGAGAACAUCAAUUGAAACUGAUGAAGUCUCAAAGGAUAACAAUAAAGUAAGUCAAACUACAUUAUUUUGGAGUGCCAGUGUCCUGGAAUUGGUGGAGUUUGUUUUGAGGCCUCCAAAAGGAGGACCUCCAGUCCUUCAAGACAGUGGUGAUGGGGUAUUUCUCUUGAUCUUUUUUCCUAGUUGAUCUUGAAAUUUAUUGCAGUUUCUUGCUUGAUGUGCUUGAAUGAUUCAUUGGCAGGUGAAAUCAUACUUUAUUUCAUAUUUGUCUCAAUGCAGUUGAAGAUUAAGUUUCUUUUGCUGUAUGUGGUCUUUUUCCUUCUUUCUAGCAUUAAGAGACACCAUGCCCCCAUAUAGAACCAAAAAAUUCCGUGGCUUUGCCCAUUUAUUGGGAUAUACAUGAAUGCAUGAAAUAAACUUGAUGUGUGCUGUUCAAAAAAAAAAAAAAAAACUUGAUAUGUUCUUUUUAUCCUAAAAAAUUGUCUGUUACUACAGGUUCUGUCCGCCCUAAACCUGUACAGAUUUGUUUUGAUAACAGAGUCGGCAGGUAAAGCUUGCUAAAUUUGUUAAAGCUAAGACCUUAAUGUUUUACUUCCUCUUGCUUAUUGUAGUAUGUUUUCCUUUAUUCCAACGUAUUAACACUCAACAUCGGAGCUCACAAAAUAAUUUAAACUGAGCUCUAUCUUUUACUUCUUGAUAUCGCAUCGAUUUUUGACUGAAGUGGCAUAUGGAAUGAUGUAACAGAAAAAACAAACUACACAGGAGUGCUGUUCAAAGACAAAUUACAAAAGGUCUACAAUGAGUGGCUUUUACCUCUUCGAACCCUUGUCACGGCCAUUGCCACAGGGAACGAGAGUGAUCAUGAUGGACUUGCUAUUGAUACUGUAUGUGCCUUAAACCCAGUAGAGUUGGUUUUGUACCGCUGUAUUGAACUUGUUGAGGAAAAAUUGAAACAUUCAACAUAGGACGUCAUCUCUUGUAAUGUUCCAUAUUGAUCAUACAUUUGUAACUGAAAUUCUGCAAGGAAUAGACGGAACUUAAUAGUUGUUGGCAUGACUUGCAUUCAGGUUUUGUUGUUGUUUUCCACGCAUGCAUUUCACUGUGUU